AUGGCAUAUCUAUGCGGGGUUCGGCUUGAUGCUGGACUUGCCGGUCAGGGAUCACCGGCUAUCUCGGCCUCCACCUCUGCCAGCCGAGUGGAUCUACGAUUGCACAGUGCACUUUAUGGUAUUUUACAGUGUAAGCCACUGGCUGGCGGCUUUUAUUCCGAGAUUGGCAAUGCGGAGUAG